AUGCAGGAGCAAGCGACCAGCUCUUUAGCUGCAAACUCUCUACCAUCAAGCAGCGAGAGAUCAUCAAGCUCUAAUCCCCAUUUAGAGAUCAAAGAAGGAAUUGAAAGUGAUGAGGAGAUACGGCGAGUUCCGGAGUUUGGAGGAGAAGCUACAGGAAAAGAAACAUCUGGAUCGGUUAACGGUCAGGACAGGACACAGAUGGCUGUCGGAGAAGGUCAGAAGAAGCGAGGGAGGACUCCGGCGGAGAAAGAGACCAAGCGGCUAAAGAGGUUGUUGAGGAACAGAGUUUCAGCACAACAAGCAAGAGAGAGGAAGAAAGCUUACUUGGGUGAGUUGGAAAAUAGAGUGAAAGACUUGGAGAACAAAAAUUCUGAACUUGAAGAGAGACUCUCUACUUUGCAGAACGAGAACCAGAUGCUUAGACAGAUUCUGAAGAACACAACAGGAAAUAAGAGAGGAGGCGGUGGUGGUUCUAACGCUGAUCCAAGCCUUUAA